UUGAAGGAUUGUAGGUAUUGCAGUUUCCUGCUGGCUCACAGAAGAACAACCUCAUUACCUUCAAUAGAUGCUCUUAACCGAUUGUCAUCUGCCUUCCUCUGAACACUGCCUUUUGGGAGUGCUGGAGUUACAUCCUCAAGGACAGGGCUAUGCCUUCAAAGAGCCCAGCAAAGAACUUUUCCUGCAUUUUCCCACACAGACACUUCCUAGAUUCUUCUGCCUUAUGCCUGCCUUGGUCAGUCUAGCUAGUGUGUGCUUCAAAUGGAAAUUAUUCAAGUGAGAAGGACCAGGUGUAAAGACAAUUUAAAUGUGGGAAAAGGCUUGCAAAGGAAGGUCACUGUGACCCUCGCGAGCACUGUUCUUGAGUGGAUAGGGCAUAAACAGGGAAGAAAGCCUGCGAUCAUGAGAACAGCUGAAGUUUUAAGUGAGCAAUGACAUGAAUGGUGUCCAAUUCAAAGGAAAGAGAAAGUAGAUGCAGGAGAGAUACAUACAGAAAGCAGAAGCACACACUUACACUUUAGCUCUGAAUCCUGGCUAAAGCAACAUACAGAGGCGGUAACUCCUAGAACUUUGAUUUUCACUCUCUUACCAGAGAGGCUCUUCCUGGGCAGCUGUCUACCAUGCAAAGAAUAGAAACAAAUCCCAUAGUGUUGCAAGCUACAGGUUAAGGAACAGAUUUAAUUUCAUAAGGAGAAAUAGCACAAUGCCAGUGUCAGCAAGAGCAAGUCUCCCCAUCAUCCCAAGGACAGGAAUUCUACAACCUGGGUAUCUACUGGACAUAAUGUGGGCUCCAUUCUUACAGAAGGAGUCCUUUCCACUGUGGGUCUUCCUAUGUGGCUUACGCAUGAGACAAGUGUAAGAAAGUGGCCAUGUCGAUAAGAAAAUGAGCCAGCUCUUUGGUGCCAAGAAGUCUGAUUUGGGGGUGCCAGCUAUUUAUAGGAAUUGUCUAGAAUUAAAAUGUCACCCUGCCUUGGGGGUUGUGGGGCAGCUGGGGAUCUUGGGCAUCUGCAGUAUAUUGCAACCACACCUGAAAUUAAGAAGAACUCAAUGAUAAUAAACAUCUUUACGUCACCCAGUGUCUUGAACUUACUUCCCCAUUAUGCGGAGCAGCUCAGGUCUUCCCUAGCUCUUCCACCUCAUGAUGGGUAGUGACUGCUAGGGAAGUCUUGAUCAUCCUAGCUCCCCAAGAAAUGUUCUGAAUAGCAUUGCAUCUUGAGCUCACUAUAAUUUGAUCAAGCAAAGAUGUUCUAUGCCUGUGGUCUGAAACCUGCCACCACAGCUGGAUUCUCUGCUUUCAGAGACCAGGGGAGCAGUGACUGAAGCUCAGACUACACACAGCACUUCAGACAAACAAAUUAGGAGGGAAAAGAAAACUGAAUCUGUAAACUCGGGAAAAACUGGUGUAUCUUUUGAGGUCCCAGCCAUUUUGAGAAACUCUGACACUGAAAAAAUAAGGAAGAACAAUCUAACUCCUCUCUCAAACGCUGCCAUUCUAGCUGAGUGUUGAUUUUUUCUUAGAAAAACAAACUUUGGGUCAACAAGGAAAGAUCACGAGGUGGGAGGGUGAGUGGGUGAUUCACCUCAUGGAUCUCCCUGGCAGCUCUUGUACUUCCUUGAUCAAUCUGUAUAUAAGAAGUGUGCUAGGCACCUGGGACACCACUUCUCGGGGACACAUCGCCUUCUGUUUUCUCCAGCAUGCGCUUGCUCCAGUUCCUGUUCAGGGCCAGCCCUGCCACCCUGCUCCUGGUUCUCUGCCUGCAUUUGGGGGCCAACAAAGCUCAGGAAAACACUCGGAGGAUCAUAAUACAGAAUUUUGAGAUCCCCACGACAGCAAAUCGAGAUGAGGAAGUCACUGCAGUGCUUCAAGUUAAAACAGAAUUGAAAGAAUGCAUGGUGGCUAAAGUUUACCUCACUAGUGACGUCCCUGUGGAAGGUACAUUUAACUACAAGUAUACUCGCUGCCUAUGUGACGAUUAUCCAAAUACCUACUACUGGGACUUUCAUACGAACAGUAAGUACAGAAGUUGUCCAAGGAAGGAACUACCCACCAGCCACCAGGGAGGAGAAACUAUAAACAGAAACAUGACAGCAAAACCGAGCAGGACUAGGACCUCAGGGCAGAAGGACAGAGGGGAGGGAGGGAAGAGCAUGGGGAAAGCAGAUAGGGAAGGCACCUAGGUUCUAAGACAGAGGCACUGUGUGCAAAAAGUUGAUACGGGAGACAAAUUUGCAACGGAUUUGGGGAAACUGAACCCCAGGAGGCAGAUGCCUGAUAUGAGUAGAAAAGACAGGACAUGGCUGGGGUGUCUGAGAGAUUAUCUCUGU